CCACGAAAAAUCAUAAAGAAAAGAAAGAAGGCCCUCUUUGUUCAGUGAAAGUCGUUCUCUCUCUCGCACACGAAACAAUCUCACUUGCACACACAAAGAGAGAAGCCUUUUUAGGCUUUCUCUUCUCGAAAGAAUAACCAAAAGCCACUGAGAAAAUUCGCUUUUCAGUUACUUCAAUUUCAAUACAAAUAUUUUCUUAUUCUAUUCUGAAUCCUGAUCACCGAGUUUUUCAUUUUUCAGGAUGUACUACAUCAUGGAGUUGUUCUUCUUGUGUUUUCUCACGGAAUGUUUGACAAUAUUGCCACCUUACUGUUGCUUUUUUCCUUUCUCUAUUGACAUAUCAGUUGCAGUGUCACUUGUUCUUCUGGGUUUUUCUUUCUAAUUGCACUUACAUGCAGGACAGUCUUUCAUGCAAAACUAAAAACCAAGUUUAAUCAGUCAUUUUGCAAAAUAUUUUGACUAUAGCAAUUCAGAGAUUUGGGUCCUGUAUUACUUGAAAAAGUUAGAUGUGUAUUUAUUGCUUAAAGAAUAUUUCUGUUUCCUCUUUUGCAAAUUAGAUGUUUAAUGAAAAAUUGGCUUCUCUCUUAAUUUUCCCUAAUAUUCUCCUUCUUUUCUUACUAUAUUCCAUAUCUUUUUUCUCUUUCUCCUUCCAUCUUGAUCUCUUCUCUCUUCUGCCUGCCUAUACUACGUCAUUCUUUGGCUUUAAAAAGUAUCAAUUUUUUAAGUUGCACAAACCUAAUUUCGGCUGUAUUAUUCACUGAAAACAGGAAUCCAUGCAUCAAGGCCUACACAUUUAGAUGGGCAGAGAUAAGUAAAAGGAAAUGGGAGGCUGCUGCUGUUGUUCUUCAAAAGGAGCUGAGAGAAUUAGUUCUCCAGCAUACUAUUAUUAUCCAAGAGCAUCAGAAGAGCAUGUGCCCUUAUCAUCUCACCAUGGUGCCACCUCUGCACUCUCCACUGGACUCCUGGUUGAUACAAAUCUGGAUACAUCAGUCCCCAAUGCUUAUAGGCCACCACCUGCCCCGAUACCUUUCGAUGUGAGUUUAGGGCGUCCUCAAACUCCACCAGUGACUCAAGAAAUUUGCAGCAGUAAGAGUGAUGCACCAGUGCAAACAACUACUGAUCCUGUUCAAGAAACAGGUGGUGGCAAUACUCAAGAACCUGUGAAGUGUGAAGAUCUAAAGGAAUCAGAAAGCAAAACUGAAGCCAAUUUUGAACCUGAAUCAGUGAAGGAGCUGGAAGUUGAGCUUUCAAAGUCAAUUGAACCUGUUGUUUCAGUGAUAGAGGAGGAUGUUUGUCCCACCUGUCUGGAAGAGUAUGAUACUGAGAAUCCAAGAAUUAUUACAAAAUGCGAGCAUCAUUUUCACCUUGCUUGCAUCUUAGAAUGGAUGGAAAGAAGUGACACCUGUCCUGUAUGCGAUAAGGAAAUGAUAUUUGACCUUCCUAAUGAGUAGUAACUGCCCAAUAACUCAUGCGGAGUUGAAGUUCUAAGUUAUUUGAAGUUGGGAUUAAGAAUUCAAAGGUUGCAAAUGCUUGAAAGUUAUCUUUUCUCUUGCUCGCGCUCUUUUUCUUUCAGUUUUUUCUAUCUGCUGCAGUUUGUUCUCUCUAUUGCCCUCUCUUUAAGAAGCACAACCCUUUUAAAAUGCUUAGUGUCCUUUGUGGUUUCUUUUCCAAUGAACUUGGAAGUUUUAUAAAGAGUCAUAGCUCAUUUAAAAUGGACAGUGUGACACCAUUUCUGAGGUUCGUUUUUCAUUGCCUAUACAUUCAUCCUUGGGGCCUAGAUCAGCAUAUUAUCGGAAAUGUAAGGCCACAGUUCACAUGGAGACAAUGAAACGAGUUACCCGUCUGUCCGAUCCCAGUUAGUCAGUCAUACAAAGUAGUUGGUAUACCCUUUUUUCUUGUUUCCCAAAUUUAUGCUUUUCUCAGUCCAAUAUUUUCAUAUCAUGUCAGCAAUUGAUUUUGUGAAUGAAAUGCAAUUACAGUUGUUCAAUGUUUAUAUUUGGCGAAUUGUUGAUGAAGGAUCUGGUAGUGUAAAGGAAGUAUGGUAGGAGUUUGUGUAAAUUAUAGAAGGAUCAAAUGAAAGGGAAUUUUGUGUUUUAUA